AUGGCCGCCCACAGCGCUCUCCUCGCGGCGGCCGUCGCCAUAGCCACGGCCACCGUCCUCCUCCCCUUCCCAUGGACGCCGCCGCGGGACCGCUUCGCCGACAUGAUCCUGGCCAACGCCACCAUCUACACCGCCGACCCUGCCCGCCCGUUCACCGACGCCAUGGCCGUCCGCGGCGGCCGCGUGCUCCGCAUCGGCACCUAUGAGUCCGUCAAGCUCAAGGGUCGCCACACGCAUGAGCUGAGUCUCAGUGGGAACGUGGUGCUACCGGGGUUCACCGACUCCCAUGUCCACUUCAUCGAUGGUGGAUUGCAGGUUAACCCACCAACCAGGAAGCAUACAUGCAGGGAAUCUUUUCUUGAUUCAAACAAAAAAAAUGCUCAGGCUCGUUGCAUUCCUAUUGGGUAG